AUGACCAAGAACAUCAACCCUACAGACGAGACAUUUGAGAACCUCCGAUCGGUUUGCGGCUUUUCGAAUCAAGAGAUUGUCGAGUUGACGGCUACUGUUUCAGCCUAUAAUUUUGCUAGCCGAACGGCGACACGCCUCCAGAAAUACGCAGACGCGUCUAGAUGCGAGAAGUAG